AUGGUGUGCUGGUUUACAACCGCCCUGCUCAUUCUGGAAUGCAUCAUCGCCAUGGUUUCUGAGAUGAGCGGCGUGGCCGCCGUGGGUCGAUUGUGGGGACUGGGCAAUGCGGUGGCAGUGAUCCUCGCAGCGGUAGUAAUCCUGGCAGCUGUGGUGGGGCUCCGCUACCGCGAGAUCGAGGCUUUGGGCAUCGCAUUCGGCCUUUGCGAACUGGUCUUUGUCUUUACUAUGUUUUGGUAUCACCCGGCGCCUGCGGAGGUCUUCAAGGGCAGCUUCACGGGAACCGCAGAUCCCGAGUACCUGAAGCUCAUCUCUGCCAACAUUGGAGCUGUGAUCAUGCCCUGGAUGAUUUACUUCCAGCAGUCUGCCGUCGUCGCUCGCCGGAUGACAACCGGCCGCGAGCUGAGCGAGGAACGCACGGGCACGCUGAUCGGCAGUUUCCUGACCCAAUUGAUCAUGAUCGGAGCGCUGGUGACGCUGGCGGCGGCGCACUCCGUCAGCCGUGACCUCCGCAGUACCCAG